AUGAAUCCAAUUUUUUACUUCCUUCUUGCCUUAACCGCUGUUUUGGCCUCGACCGCAAACGCUGGUGGGCCAGUUCUCGACGUUAAUGGUAAUUUCAUAUUCAGCGGCAGUUACUACGUUCUCCCCGUCAUCUUCGGCGCUGCAGGUGGCGGUCUGACGCUCGCCCCCCGUGGAGACAAGCCAUGUCCCCUCUAUGUCGUGCAGGAUACUUUAGAGGUGAACAAGGGCAUUCCCGUAAGAUUCUUAAACUGGAGGUCUAGAGUUGGGUUCGUUCCCGAAUCAGAGAACCUCAACAUCGAGAUGGACGUCAAAGCUACGGUCUGCGCCCAGUCAGCCUACUGGUGGGUCGUUCCGUCCGACAGGGACACUAGGACGUGGGUCAUUGCGGCUGGCCGGAAGCCAGAAGCUGAAGAAAAGUCGUCGAGGAGUUUCUUCCAGAUCAAGAAAAGUGGAGGUUUUCCUAACGGUUACAAUAUUGUGUUUUGUCCUAGCGGUAACGAUUGCAUGAAUGUCGGGGUAUCUGUGGACGAAAAUGGUGUUCGGCGUUUGGCUUUAAGCUCUAGGCCAUUCCCGGUUGUGUUCGCCAAAGCUACUAAGCCAAAGACUCCGUCGAAGACUAUGUCUAUUAUCUGA